GAGAGAUCCUGAACGGAUGGAGAGCGCCUAUGACAAAUUGAAACGCACUACCUUAAAGGAUUUACUCGAAAGCCGAGGUGGGAACGCGAGUAACCGGCCAAGGAGGGAGCUAAUCGCAGAGCUGACCGAACUGGAUCAGAGUUUUACUAUGGCGGAAGCACCGACAACGACAGGUGACGAAAAGACCAGGAUUGUUCGGGAGAGGCUCUCACUAUACGGGCUGAACCCCUCUAUAGAACUAGUACAGCAGCUGAUGGCAGAGGCAGAUGAGGACAUACAGAAAGCUAGAGACCACGAGCUCCGCCUGGUGACCACGCACCGCAACGCGAGGCAGCCUCAACCGUAA